ACCAAAAGUGGAAUCAAAACGGCUGGUGAUAGUCAGCUCAGCAGCUGCAAAUCCAGAAGAGUAUGGAGAGAGAGUUGGUUUUGCUGGGCUGAACUCUCUUGUGCAUAAACAUAAGGGGGGGAAGGAAGAAGAGUGCUUUAGGACGGACUUAAGAAAGUGGAGGCCACUUGUGGAAAUGGAAGCAAAAGCCAGCAUCCCAUAAGAGUUGGAGGUUUGUUUUAAAGAGAAGGCAUUUGUGCACGAAAGGAAGACCCCGUGCUGAAGUCAUGGGAGCUGAAGAAGAAGAGGUGGUUGUAACUCUUUCUGGAGGGGCCCCUUGGGGUUUCCGGCUGCAAGGGGGCUCUGAACAAAAACGACCCCUUCAGGUGUCAAAGAUCCGCAAAAGAAGCAAAGCCUGCCGUGGGGGCUUAUGGGAAAAUGAUGAACUUGUAUCCAUCAAUGGGAAACCAUGCACUGGUCUCUCUCAUGCCAGUGCUAUGCAGAUCAUUGACUCUUCCAAUGGUAUCCUCAGCAUUGUUGUAAAAAGGGCAGCGAAUGGGGAUCCAUCCAGUGUGGGACUCCAACGUUCUCCUUCUCCCAGGCAACUGCGAGUCGCCUCACCAGCUUCCCCACUCAGCCGGGCCUCCCAGGUGCUCAGCCCUGAACUGGCAGGUCCCCCGACUGCCCCACAGUCCCAUCGCCAGCAGCAGUUGGAGAGCAUCACCUCCCCCCCUGACAGUGAAGCAUACUAUGCUGAGACUGACAGUGAUGCUGACAACAUUGCCCAGGAAAAGCACCGAAGAGCUCGCAAAAAGAGCCCCCGUUCUCCCCCAGGGGGACCAAACAAUAAAGCUGGUGAGUCACAGGAAGAAGUGUCUCUCUCAGAGCUGAGUGGCUAUGACAGCACCCCUGGGGAAACAGCACAAGCUGCAGAAGGCGGAGAGCACCUCAGUGGCGUGGCCAAGAGGGAGAUUGUGUGUCAGCAAGGAAGCCGCACGGGCACCCCUUUCUCAGAGAGUGAGGCCUUUCUGCAGCCGCCCUUACUUGAAGACAGAGAGCCCUCCCCAGAGGCCCUGCUCCUACCACAUGCAACGAGGACCAUUCGAGCAGAGAGGCACCUCAUCCCCAUGGUGGGGCCUGUGGAGCACCCUGUCGAUGAAGAUCUGACAACCAGCUAUGCAGAGAAAGCCAAGCAAGCCAAGCUUCACCGCAGCGAGAGCAUGCAGGAAAAGAACGUGAAAGAAGCCAAAACCAAAUGCCGGACCAUUGCGUCCCUGCUGACAGAUGCACCCAAUCCCCAUUCCAAGGGCGUCCUGAUGUUCAAAAAGCGCAGGCAGAGGGCAAAGAAGUACACCCUCAUCAGCUUUGGAAGUGUAGAUGAAGACUGCUGCUAUGAUGAAGAGGAUGGUGUCUUCCCAACCAGUGAGUCUGAGUUUGAUGAGGAAGGCUUCUCUGAUGCCCGGAGCUUAACUAACCACUCUGACUGGGACAAUACCUACCUGGAUAUUGAGAAGCCCAAGGGACAGCCUGCACAUGAGCAGCCUCAGCAAGGCCUCAGUGAAGCCUCAGGCAGGGGAGCACAGUUAUUUGAACAGCAGAGGCAAAAGGCUGGUAAACACACUUUGGAGAAAGUCCCUGCACAAAGGUCUGAGGCGCAAGCCCCAGCCUCAACUGUUGUGAUCACACAAAGCAUGGUGAAUGAUGAUGCACUUACUCCACAAAAAGCAGAAAAGGCCCCACUGAGCGUCCAUUUAGAAUCUGUUCAGAUCUCUAGCCAACUCCCGUUGCCUAGCCCGGCUCAGCUCCAGUCUCCAUCUAGCAUCUUUGGAGAAGGAGGUACCCAGGUCUCACCAAGUACCACAGGCAUCUUCAACAGAUCUGCCCGGCCUUUCACUCCUGGCUUUCCUGGGCAGCGUCCUGUGACUUCCUCUGUUGUGUUCAGGCCAUCAAUGCCAAGGAAAAGCAAUGAGAGCCUAGGUGGGCAGAGAAUAGUUGUGCCUUCUUUUUCCCCCGUCUCUCCUGGGACCACAGUGCUUCCUCCGGCUCCAUUGGCAACACAGCCUAGUGGCCCUGCCAGCACCUCUGUUUCUAUGUAUAUCCCAACCACCCCUUCAUCAGGAGGUGGAAAUUCAGCAGAGGCUAAGCCAACGUCCAACACAGCCAGAACCUCCACUGCUUCCAUCUACCUAUCAACUCCCUCCAGGCCAGCUGGAGAUGCAGUCUCCGCGACGUCCCCACCAUUUUCACCUUCACAUGCCCAAGGAACAACUUCUUCCACUUUGUAUAUCAGCCCAGUCCCACAGCAGCCUAGUCAGCCAUCAGUCCAACCCUUCAGUAGUAUUGCGGCGACUAUUCCACGGCCUGCUUCUGAGCCUUUUGCCUCCAGGGAGCAGAGGGUCGCGGUUCCGGCUCCUAGAACGGGAAUCUUGCAGGAGGCCCGUCGACGAAGCAGUAAGAAGCCCAUGUUCAAGUCUGUAGAGGAGAAGAAGAAAAAUUCUCCUAACCCAGAGUUGCUUUCCCUAGUGCAAAACCUGGAUGAAAAACCCAAAGGUGAUCACCAUGGGGCAGGCUUUGAAUCUGGGCCUGAAGAAGACUUCCUCAGUCUGGGAGCUGAAGCCUGCAACUUCAUGCAGUCCUCCGGCCGCAGGUUCAAGACCCCACCUCCAGUAGCCCCUAAGCCACAGCAACAAGGACUGGUGAAUGGGUCCUCCCAUGCACAGGACAUAUCCCAUUUAAAGGGGAAAGGGGCGGAGCUUUUUGCUAAGCGACAGAGCCGCAUGGACAAAUUUGUGGUGGAAGCAGCACCAACACCAGUCUCGAAUCCCAGAAAUGCAUCCCCGACUCCCUCCCUCCCCUCCUCCUGGAAGUACUCCCCAAAUAUCCGUGCCCCACCCCCUAUAGCUUACAAUCCACUCCAGUCCCCAUUUUACCCUCCAGCAGCUGGCAGGUCUCAGGCCAGCAAGGCAGAGAGCAAGGUGAAAAAAGCCCCUAGUCAGAAAUCAGGGAUCAAGGCUAUUGAUUUCCUGCGGCACCAGCCAUACCAACUCAAAUCUGCCAUGUUCUGUUUUGGGGACACACCAGGCUCUGGUGCCCAAGCCUCCACAAACCAGACAGCCCAACAGUCCAGUUUGUCUUUUACCCCGGCCAAACAAGUGCCCGUGAAAACAGCCAGGACCUAUGAGAUCCGGCGCUUCUCCACUCCUGCCCCAGUGCCAACUUCAGGCAGCCUGACUCCUACAGUGCUGGCUCCCCGUUCAGCCACCACAUUGGAUGAGCCAGUGUGGAGGACAGAAAUGACCUCCACUUCCACACCUGUCUCCCCUGGGCCCUUUCAGGUGGCUCCUCCCCAGUAUCAAAGUUCUCCUGAACUCAACCAGGCUUGCAGAAGGUCUUCUCCCAACCCAUCCUCAUCCUCCAGUUUCCAGGUAGCUAGGCCCAGGUUCUCCGCAGCUCAAAUUGGAAUCCAGGCACAUGUCUGGAGACCAGGUUCUGGUCACCAGUGAAAGAAGUUGCUUCCACCUGUAAUGUCCUCAUCUCCUACCUAUGAUGUCCUCAUCAUAGGCCCUCUUCACACACUACAAUUUUGAGGUGUACACCUCUAUUUUUUUUUAAAGUGUAUAUCUAAAAAUGUAAAGUGUGCAUGCAACAAACAGCUGUUUGAAAUAGUUAUGUCAUAUAGGUAAGCUCACAGAGAGCUGAGACCGAUGGGUAGCUCACUGUUGAGUGUCCACUUGGUGGCAGACAACCCACAGUAAUAAGCCAGGUGUUAGAACAAAAUUGUUACUCCCCACCCCGCACCCCCUUCCUUCUUAAGCUGAGUUCAUAAAGAUCAGGACAAUGAAGCUCAAUAGGAGAAAAACAAGAUUCUUCCUGAAUCCUCCAUUUUUCAGACUUGCAACAUUUCCAAGAGAUUUAGCUGUUUGUGGCUAGAGCAGAAGAAGAGUAGUGAAGUUGGUAUGGCUUUGUCAUUCACAUAGCAAGAGACAUCCAGAUCCAUAAUCACCCAGAGAACAGCCCUAUCAGACUCUAUAAGUCAAUGAAUUCUAUCUCCAAAGUCCUUUAGAUACAGCAAAUACAAAUUUAAGGCCCGUACAGAAUGGGCCUGAUGGUAAAGAGCUGAAUUCAGUAGAAAAAGUAGCAGAGAGAUGGAUAAAACCUAAACAUCUCAACUACCCCUCAACAUCUGCCUGCUAAAAUAGCAAUAGCAAUAGCAAUAAAACUCAUGGUUUGCACUUCAAUCAUGGGUUUCUUGGAAGCUUAUCAUGGGCUCCUCAGUGAGGUGGUCAGUAAUAAUUUCCUGAAGGAUUACUUGCUCACCACUAGUGCCGUGCACGGCUGUGAAGGAGUCUUGGGUGCAUUUGGGUGUGGUCUCGGCUCAUGCUGAGUGAUGGCAAGAGCCAAUGAACGGUCUUUGCCUUUAUUCUGUGUUAACUGAAGGCAAAUUAUAGUAUGUUCUCCAAAGCCCAUGUUUGACAAGCUAAUGUGAGUGUGGAAAGUGUUUUGUAAAGGAAACUCAGCAAGAAAGAGUGUCUUUACUCGUUGUUUAUAUCUUACAACAACAUGCCUCCCCACAGGAACUUUUCCCCUUAGGUGGACUUAUUUGCAGUUCCAGAAAUAAACUUUGCUGUGGGAAUAAACACGUUGACAAUGGCCUAAGGGCCCCUUUCAGGAAGAAUUGUUGGUCACCCCCACCUGCAUUAUGUUGCUACCCCCACAUGAGUACCAUGAGGCAAAUGUAGAUUUUCCAUCCUUGUGUUUGCCUUGUAAGGUGCCAUGAGAUCUCUCAAUCAUGCCCCAGAAGCCUCUGUAAUGCACAGAGCUUUCUCAACAGGAAAGACAGGUAGAACUUUGAAAAUGACCAGUUUACAAAAUACACACACAGUUUAGUAUAUAAAGAAAAGGGACAGGAGUCACAAAUCCCUUCUCUUGUUUCUCUGGUCCUCAAAAGCAGCAACAAAAAGCAGUUGCACAUAACUGCUAGGACUGAGACGCAGCGUGAUGCAAGAAUCGGAAAUGGAAAAGAUCCAGAAGUAGCAAGUAGCUCAGACCCCUGUCAUUUAAGUAUAACUAGGAGAUACUUCAUUCUCACUUUCCUUUAUGGCUGAAGGAAUGUUGACUCUUGGACUUCCAAAUGCAGGAGAGCCAUUAACACCUGGAGAGUCUUCUGAUCACCUCUCUCCACUCAGCAGGGAGCAGAAGCUGAAAUAUAUUUGUGGAGGAAUUGGAGGAGAAGAGACGGAUGUUUGGAGAGCUUUCUCAUGAAAGGAAGACCAGGUGUGGACUAAUCGAUUUUGGACUGUAAGGGGUGGUGUAGACCUCUUGCUGGAACAGGAUCUGUGAGAUGGAGGGAUGUGUGAGCAAAUGCAUGAGUGGCUUUCAAAGCUUGUGGGACAGGAUUUGCUUCCAGACCUCAGAUACUUGGGUCAGCCUCUGACAAGUCAGGCCAACCACCAGCAAGUAGAAAUAGUACAGGGCCACAUUUUGUAGACUCCAGUUUACUGGAAAGUACUGAGGAGAAGGAAUUACUAGGUAUAUUUUGUAUCACCUUGUAGCUGGAAUAGUGGUGCUGGGAUAGGGGCUAGAACAGGCAGGUGUGGGUUGCUUGAAGAUCCACCCUGAAUGUCUUAAGGGUUUUUUUUUGCCAUCCCGGAAGCAGGUGUUAGCCAUACAAAAAAAGCAUAAUGUUAGUUGCUGACAGAACUUUGCUUUCUGUCAGCAUAACUUGCAGCAUCUUAGGGUCAAAAUCUACAUUAUGUUGGAACUCCAUAAUUGGAGCUCCACUCUAGAAGCAGAGCCACAGCAUGCCGGGGGUGUCUAUGUCUAACUCUUCCCCCUGUUCUGUAGUAGUGUUGACCCGCAUCUGCUCCCCACCCCACAACAAAGCUACUCUUAGUUCGUACAUUUUCUCAUCUGUAGCUAAUUGGAGCUUGGGGUGGGGUAGGGGGAUUUGCUUGGGGGGAUCAGGGUGAGGAGGAGAGCUGCUUUUACAAGAAGAAAAUUCUGUUGAAAUUUUGAAUCACAGAGCUCCAAUAUAACAUUUAGUUUGGUCCUGAAUAUGGCCUCUUUACUAGGAGGUCAUAUGCAUGAGCGUGCGGGGGUGGGGGAGGGAUGUAAAAUAUCAUGCAAACUCAUUUCCUUUCCACAAAUACUGAUCAUUCAAAAACUGAUGAUAAUACAGAGGAUAUCCCCACAAUGAACCUGGCCUGGCAUCUUGGCCAUAGUCAGAGCCAAGUCAUACGUUUUUACUUGUAUGGCUACCUAAGUAAAAUUAUGUCAAUGGGUGUGAAUCUUCAUGCCCCCUGCUCUCCCCUGUAGCCACAGAAAUAGGCUACAGCAGUCCUUUCCUGACUGCUACUUUUAUGUAUCAUGGAGAAAAGCAUAUGUGCCAUUCCAGAUCCAUGCACUAUACGUGAGGCUUUCGUCAGGUACCACAGUGCUCAAACUUCAGCGGAGGUACGGACUACCUACUCCCUGCAUCAUCAGAUCUGGAAGUUGGAGGAAAUUGCAGGCAGUUCAAGCCAAGAUGCAAAGAACAUUUCGGCAGUUUAAGCCAGAAUAGAAAACCACACAGGCUGGAAUCUUCCAUCCUGACCUUGGGAGCCAGGUGAUCCCAGAGAGCUGAUGGACUCCCUCAGACUUGGCAGCUGAGGUUGGCCAGUAGGGCUCCCUCUCCACGGCAAGCUGGCCUGUCUCCUCAUGCUUGUGAGUCUUUCUAGCCAUUGGAGCUGCCUGGCUUGAGCUGGCACUCAGGACUGGGUGCUGGACAGUUUUGUACUUGGGUAGCCAGACUGGGGCAUAAAAACAGAAGUGUGAACUGGCCCAGAUGGUGGUUGUAACUUUGCAUGUGCUGGAGUCAAGGGUUUGGGGAGGGAUAUGUGUUUCUAGGAUGGGAGUAAUCCCAAUGGGUUGCCAUGCUGCAACCCAGCAGCCUUAGGGAGAUGCUGUAGAGAUCUUCCUUUGGGUACGGAUUCACCACUUGGCAGUUGUGUGGAUUGGCUUUAGGAGAAUCUGGGCCGUGGUGAAUUCUCUUUAAUGUUAUGACAGAUCAUAUUGUCCAAAGAGAGGUGGGAAAUGACUCAUAUGAAAAAUGCUCUUGAGCUGAAAGGGUGCCAGUUCAAGCACACCAAGGGUUACGGCAGAAUGGCCUGACGAGGCUUUGAAGCAUCAUGGAUCUUGGAAGGUGGACCCUGAAAGCCUCCCUCUCCCCCUGGUCCUGCUUCCCUCACUCUUGUAAGUCACCCAACAGGUAAUGCUGGCGGUUGAGGUGGAGUUCCACAAUGCACAAGAUGGAAGGCUGGAUAUUGUUCAGGAAGACAGAACAGAUGAAAUAUGACUUAGCAUAUUUCAUGGAGAAUAAAUCUAUUGCCAUUCAAGAAUGAAGCAAACCAAAGAGCAGGGUCUGCAUGGGAGGCACUGGCGUGCCAAGAUCAAAUAGGCUUGGGAGGGCGCAGUCUACCACAGUCUUGCUGACCUCACACCAUCGUUUGUUCAGAUCAGGAGAAGUUGAGGGUGAGUGGGGUGGGGGGCAUUGCUCACUGGGAUGCACCUGCCAGAGCUUCUAUGCUGUGGAAUGCAGCUGAUCCAACUACUGACUCAAAGAGAACCCAGGUGCAUUCAACAAGCUGCACGGCUUCAAGAAUUUCAGUAGGUCUGGCUCUGCAAUGCCACUGUAAAAGGAGAACGCUUACGUGCCAAAUCACAGCAACUGAGGGCAAAAACCUUCAUGACCUCACAUCAACAGCCCUCUCGGAAAGGCAGCGGGCUUAUUACAGGAAGUAAGUGUGGUGUAUUAUGUCAGUGAUAGGGAAGAUUCUGGAACUGGGUGCUGGGAAGUAUAGGAGGCAGGCAAUUCCAUUCUUCCUGCCCCACAGUGUUUCCUGUAGUUUGACAGCAGGCUUAAUACUGUGGAGGGAGAAGACCCCUUUGCAAGAAGGCUGAGGAUGCAAGAAAGCAGGAGAGUGGAGGAAGGUGAAAGAGGGAUCUAGUGGCACUUGCUGGGAGAGUUAUUCUUAAGUGACAGUCCCUGCUAAACCAGCAUGUGCUCUGGAAAGGGUCAGAGUCCAAUCAAAGCCACUUAGGAGGGAAUGCCAGAAACGAAUACAGAGUGAGGCCUUUGGAGGAGCUCCUGAUCCCACCAUUCUCACAGCCACACAUAGCCCAAGGGGACCCCACAUGAGAGAAACCUUUCAGUUGUACUUUGUUAUCCUGGCUGGCAUCUCCCCUGCAGGUGCAGGAAUCUCACCUGAAAGAAAACCAACCCCUCAUCCAAGGAAGAAACCUGCCAGGAAGAGCUUCUCCCAUGCAAGGCCAUAAAAUGAGCUUUUUUUGGGGGGGGGGAUAUUUUUAUUUUCUUUUGAAAUUAAGAGUCACUUUACAACUGUUUGUGCUGAUGAAUAAAUUUCUGAUAUGCACUUUAA